AUGAUUACACGGAUGGAGUGCUUCGCCAUCGCCAAUCUGGCUGCACCCCAGACAAGAUUCUCUACCGUAAAGAAUGGCAAGGGCGCGCUCAGCCGGGAAGAAAGACUCGGAUACAUCGGCGCCGUGAAGAAGCUCAUGGAGCUGCCAUCUCGGAGCGCGCCCGACCAGGUGCCCGGAGCGCGCAGCCUCUACGACGACUUCACCGCAACCCACAUGCAGUUCGCCACUGCAAUCCAUCACAGCGGCCUGUUCCUCGCGUGGCACCGCUACUUCACCCACCUCUAUGAACUUGCUCUGCGCGACGAGGGCGGCUACAAGGGGGCGCAGCCUUACUGGGACUGGACGCAGACGUGGCAAGAUUGGCGCAAGUCGACCGUCUUCGACGGCUCGCCAUACUCGAUGGGCAGCAACGGCAAGGCCAUCCCCCACGGCCCCGUCAACGACACCGCGCUGGGCUCCACCCGCCUGAUCAACCCGGGCACCGGCGGCGGCUGCAUCGAGUCCGGCCCCUUUGCCAACCUGACCAUCCACCUCGGCCCCGUAGCGCUGCUGCCCGCCGGCAAGAACAACGGGCUCGACUACAACCCGCGCUGCCUGGUCCGCGACAUCUCGCCAGAGUGGAGCAAAAACGCCAAGCCCACAGACGUGGUCGACCUCAUCGGCGCAUCCACCAACAUCGAAUCGUUUGAUGUCAAGCUCGAAGGGCUGGACGGUGUGCAUGCCGCCGGCCACUUCGGCGUUGGCGGUAUGAUGAUUGACCAGUACGCGAGCCCGAGCGACCCGGCAUUCUUCCUCCACCACGGCAUGAUUGAUCGCGUGUGGACCUUGUGGCAGAGCCAGGAUUUCCAGAACCGCACCCAGCAGACAGCAAGGACUGUUACGGCGAAAAAUACCCCGCCGAGCGCCAACGCCACCCUCGACACCAUGAUGGAUUUUGGCAUUCUGGCACCAAAGCAGCGACUGGGUGACCUCGUCUCGACUAUUGAUGGGCCCUUUUGUUACCAGUAUCUAUAA